ACUUGGUGAAUAUCAAUAAAGAUUCGGAUGAAUUCAAGAAAAUUUUGUGGCGUAAAAAAUGCAUGCAGCUGCAUGUCAACGAAGUUGCAUUCAGAGGCAAAACAGAUCUGCCAUUUGAAGUGAAGAAACUCCGAACACCAAUCGAGUUUUUUUCUUAUUUUUUUACCGACGAUUUAUUCGAUCUGAUUAGUUUGGAAACCAAUCGAGCAGCAAUCACAGACAGUGUGAACACAAGAUUCAAAACUGAUAAGCAUGAAAUUCGUCGAUACAUUGGAAUUUUGAUUUUUAUGUCGCUUUCCCGUUACCCAAACAUGGAAGCACACUGGGGCAAAUACGGGUUUCGACAAAUACCAGACGCCAUGCCAAAAAAUAAAUUUGAACAGAUAAAGAAGUAUUUAUCGUUCAACAAUGAAUCAGAACGGGUCAAAAAAGGAGAACCAGGAUAUGAUCCUAUUUUUCGAAUCAGAAAAGUUGCGACACAUUUGAAUGAGCGCUUUGAUUCCAUUCCGAAGAAUGCACGAUUAUGUGUCGACGAGCAAAUGUGUUCAACUAAAAUGGUGCAUCAUUUGCGCCAGUAUUUACCAGACAAGCCGCAUCCAUGGGGCGUAAAGUUCUUUGUUUUGUGUGACACCAAUGGCUACUCGUACCGAUUCGAAAUUUACACUGGAGCAAAGAAUGAUGACAUCAUUUUGGCCGGUACACCAAACAUUGGAGCAACAGGCAAUGUUGUAAUCCGGUUGUCGCAAACUGUGCCAAAUUUUCAAAAUCAUAUAAUUUAUUUCGACAACUUCUAUACAUCUCUACCGCUUAUGGUGUACCUUAGAGCGCGUGGCAUUUAUAGUCUUGGCACGGUUAGAGCAAAUCGUAUCCCAAACAGUAAACUGCCAACAGACAAAAGUGAAGAAGUGAAAAAAGCAGAACGAGGUUAUUCAACGGAAUACAUUGGAUCGGCUUACGGUGUAGAAAUAACGACAGUUCUGUGGAAGGACACGAAGAAUGUCAAACUGUGCUCAACGUAUGUUGGCACCAAUCCAUUCAAAAGAAGCAAUCCAGUCACCCAGCCAGCAAAAGUACCACGAUACAAUCGAAAAGAGAAAUCGUAUAUUGACGUUGAUUGUCCGGCAAUUAUACGGGAGUACAACGCGCACAUGGGCGGAGUUGACUUGAUGGAUUCUUAUAUGGGUCGCAAUGGACUCCAAAUCAAAACGCAAGAUAUGGCAACCAGAAUUUUUUACCAUCUUCUCGACAUGGCCAUAACGAAUGGAUUCAUUUUGUAUCGGCGAGCCAAUGGUGAAAAGAAUCGAGAAGCUGAAGACGAAGAUAUGAAGAUAAAAGACAUGACGAUGUAUGCGUUUCGUUCGAGCAUUGCCGAAGAACUCUGUGCAUCUGUUGAAAAACGACCCGUUGGCCGUCCACCAUCCGCUGGCCGUCCACCAUCCGCUGGCCGUCCACCAUCCGCUGGCCGUCCACCAUCCGCUGGCCGUCCAUCAUCCGCCAGCUCACAGCCAAGCACCAGCACUAUUGGUAAAAAUGCAAUCCAUCCAUUGGAAAGUAUUAGAUACGACGAAAUGAAUCAUUUCCCUGAAUGGGGAACGAAAAAAUCAU